AUGUCGUCUGCUGCCUGUAUCUUCUGCAAAAUCAUCAAGGGAGAUAUCCCUUCAUUGAAGCUCUUCGAGAGCGACAAGGUCUUCGCUUUCCUCGAUAUCCAGCCGCUGAGUCUUGGCCAUGCGCUUGUCAUUCCUAAGUUCCACGGCGCAAAGCUGACUGAUAUUCCUGAUGAGCACCUAACCGAGGUUUUGCCCGUCGCGAAGAACAUUGCCAAGGCCAGCGGGGCCCAAGAUUUCAAUAUCCUGCAGAACAAUGGCCGCAUUGCGCAUCAGGUCGUUGACCAUAUCCCAAAGCCCAACGAGAAGGAGGGUCUGACCAUUGGCUGGCCUGCUGAGCAGGCGGACAUGGCCAAGCUGAAGGCUCUUCACCAGGAGAUCAUGUCGAAGAUGUAA